GGCCAACACAAGGUGCAAUUUGAAGUUGAAUGGACUUCAGCCGUACAAUCGUCCUCCUGAUCAGCAUCCGACCGGAAAGCAAGGUGUUGGAUCCAUCCGACAGGCUGAUGAAGAAACAUUCGUGAUUAUCAGCAGCUCAUUCACGAUCAUCCCCUCAAACCUCCUUUAGCUAGCGUGAUCGCUACACAGGAGGGCGCUGCCUGCAGCACGCACAACAUGGACCAAUUGAAGGUUACAAAGGUAGAGGGAGUGCUGCUACAGGAAGGCAACGAGUGCAGGAAGGGCACGCUCCACCUCACGCAACAUCACCUCAUCUUUGUCACACCCACACCUUCGCGCGCCGCUUCACCAAUCGCUUCCUCGUCUGCCUUGACGCUUUCCCGAAUCAGAGCGGACCAGCAGGAAAUCUGGCUGCCAUACUCGCUCUUUUGGCUCGUUACGCGUCUACCCUCUCUGCUACCCCUCACGGCAACAUCGAGACGAGAUGCGCGGAUUUAUCCGCUCUUGUUGCGUCUGCGCAACUUUCACACCUGCGCCCUUGGCUUCGAGUCCGAUGCCAAUGCCACAGACGUGUGGGAGUCAGCGCGGGCGUGCGCCAUACUCACGGACCCGCGGCAUGCGUAUGCCUUUUAUCGCCUGCCUGCCGAUGCUACCGCGCAGUCUGAAGCCCAAUCUAGGCGCGGCUGGGCUGUGUACGACUUCAAGAAGGAGUUCGCAAGGCAAGGUGUUGGGACACGCACCAAGGCUUGGCGGUACUGCGACAUCAAUACUGGCUAUGCCUUCUCGCCCUCAUAUCCUAGCAUGAUGGUGGUUCCAUCGCGCAUCUCCGACUCGACCCUUCGCUACGCCUCAAAGUAUCGUUCAAAGGCAAGGAUACCGGCUUUAUCUUACCUCCACUGGGCAAAUUUUGGAAGUAUCACGCGAUCAUCUCAGCCAAUGGUCGGACUGAACAAUCGGAGUCUGCAAGAUGAGAAGCUCAUCGAGGCAAUCUUCACCACGCACCUCUUCGCUGAUCCUAUGAGCCCAGCGGCGCAAGCUGCCGCGGCUGCAAGUGCUCAAGCUGGCGGCAACGGUGCUCCUGCGAACGUAGCUCUUAUAUAUGGUGCACAAACAACCAACUUGAUCGUCGAUGCGCGACCGACUGCAAAUGCCGUGGCGAAUCGGGCCAAGGGAGCUGGCACUGAGAAUAUGGAGCAUUAUCGAGGCUGCAAGAAAGCAUAUCUGGGAGUCGAGAACAUCCACGUCAUGCGGGACUCGCUCUCACGCUUGACUGACGCUCUGAGACAGACGGACGCGCCCGCGACGUUUGGCAUGCGACCGGUUGCCGCCGAAACUACCACGACAGACAUCACAGACAUGGGUCAAGAAGGCAAGGGCCCCGCAGUUGCGUCUGUCCCCAGCGUGGUCCUGCAGCAGCGUCGCAGUGAGAAACCCCUCGAUUACACCGCACUGAAGAAGUCGGGCUGGCUCAAGCAUACCUCGGCGUUGUUGGAGGGCACUCUUCUGAUCGCCCGCAUCGUACACGUCAAUUCAUCGCACGUGCUCAUUCACUGCUCAGACGGCUGGGAUCGCACUUCGCAACUAUCGGCACUUGCUCAAAUUUGCUUAGAUCCUUAUUACCGAACUCUGGAAGGCUUCGCAGUCUUGGUCGAGAAGGAUUGGUGCAGUUUCGGCCACAGGUUCUGGGAUCGUUGCGGUCACGCGAGCAGUCCCAAAUACUUCAACACGGCUUCUGGCUACGGCGAGGAGUCGGACGAGGAGGAGGACACAAGUGAUGGAGAGGCAGCUAGUGGAUUUGAAGCCCAAAGUCAAGCAGCCGCGAACGCUAUUUGGGGCUUCACGAAGAGCCUAGCCACCAAUUUUCAGGGUGGCGGUCCCGGUGGUGGGCCGUCUGGCGCCCACCUCAAGGAAAUCUCUCCUGUCUUUUUGCAAUUCCUGGAUUGCGUGUGGCAGAUGCAACGCCAGUUUCCCCAGCGCUUCGAGUUCAACGAAGAAUUUCUGGUAGAGCUUCAGACGCAACUGCACGAAUGCCGUUUCGGCACGUUCUUGUCCAAUUGCGAACAGGAGUCCCGAAGGCCUGCAACGGACGGCAUCCAUGCUGCGCGCCCUUUUUGUGACGUCACCGCCAGUGUCUGGGAUGCAUUGUUAUCUUCGCAACACCGCGAGAGAUAUACCAAUCCAGCCUUCGACGCUUCUCUGAACGAUCCUAAACGAGAGUCGACGGACAUGGGCGUGCUAUUGCCCGUGUCGAAAGAUGUGCGGUACUUUGCGCGGAUGUUUCGACGAGGCGACGAGGAGAUGAAUGCUGGCAUCGUGGCCGAAAUCGAGGAGCAACGCCGCCAGGUCGAAGCUGUGGAGAAUGCAAGAAAGGCAGCCAUAGCCGCGGCAGAGGCAGGACCUUCUGAAGCUUCCCGAUCAUCCAUCGCGGCUGUUGUCUCUGGGAGCGACAGAACCGAUCCGGGUUCGAGCGGCCUCAGCAAUGGCAUUGUCUCGCCUUCAAGCGCGCAAGGUGUGGAGCGCGUGGAGGCGCCGUUGGCGUACAAGCCGCGUGUGCCCAAAGCGCGAGGUGUCAACACUUCCAAUCAUACUGCGAUGAGCCCAUCGCAAGCUUCUUUGCACCAGCAUCUUUCAGCUGUUGAACAACCUCCUCCCGACGAUCGCGUCUUGGACAGUGCGGGCACAGGCGCAGUAGAUGCGGCCGCCAGAAUGAGAGGCCUCUUUGUCAGCGGAUGGGGUCGCCUACAAGCGGCUUACGCGGACAGCUCGCCUGCACCUGCAGCUGAGACUCCGUCAGAGGCACCAAGAUACGGGAAUGGCGAAGUGGACCUUUCUCGAGGGGCUGACCAUCCUUCCAGCAUGAGCAGUAGUCUGUCAAGCAACACAGGCAUUUCCAAACCGCCCAGCAACAGGCAAUCGUCCGGAGAAUCACUCCAAGCACGACUCGCGAACCUUACAGAAGCUCGACGCACGGUCCCACCACCGACUUCGCCGAAGGUCCAACCCAAGAUCCAUGGCACCUACGACGCAAACCCUUGGGCUGCCUCGACGGAGCGGCAAGGUCUCCAAGACGAGCUUGGUGAUGUCAUGCGCAACGAGAUGAGAGGCCCCCCAUCGCGCCCUUCGCUGGGCUCCUCUGCACAACGGACGGGAAGCACGGCAAGCAAGAGUCCAGACUCGCAGCAAGGCAAGGCAGCAGCAGAUCCGCUCGGCGUGGGUUUCUAAAUGACCCUCUGGACGCCCUUGCCGGCAAGCUGUGACGACGUGGUAUAGUGGAUCAUGCGUGGUUGAGUUCUCGGCACACAUCUAACA